GUGGCAGUAGUUAGCGACUUAGCGUAGCGACUAGUGAGAGCCGAGAGAGAGAGAGAGAGAGGUUUCUGUAGGUUCUAUAAGAACGUCGAUGCAGGUAGCAAAUGGUGCCAGAAAUUAGGGUGAGUCAGAGUAGGACGAUUAAUAGGGUUCAUGAUUCUGGGAUUUGGUUUUCCGGUCACGAUUUGUAUGGACUCGUGAGGAUAAGAUCUUGAUUGAUGUUUCUUCUAGUAGAAAUGGAGACCAAGCAAAACUUCUUGAGAGUGUAGAGCAAUUCGACUUCGUAGUUCAAUUAAUGGGGUAUUCUUCGUCUAUCUCGCUUAGUCAUUAAAAGCUUUUAGUUGUGUUGAAUUUGUUUUUGCUUUUCUUUCUCUUUUAAUUUCGGAAGAAGUAGGACAAUGGUAUCAAGACCUUAUUCGAAUCUCUUGGAGCUGGCCUCUGGCGAGUCUCCAUCCUUCGGGCGUAUGAGCCGGAGAAUUCCCCGUAUAAUGACGGUAGCCGGCAUAAUUUCAGACUUGGAUGAUGACCCAGAUGAUAGCGUCUCCUCUGAUCCUUCUUCCCCUGCUCCUCGUGAACGAACCAUCAUAGUAGCAAACCAGCUCCCGAUUAGGGUCCAUAGAAAACCAGAUAACAAGGGCUGGACUUUCAGCUGGGAGGAAGAUUCACUUCUUCUCCAGCUGAAAGACCGUCUUGGGGACGACGAAGUUGAGGUCAUCUAUGUAGGUUGCCUCAGGGAGGAGAUUCACCCAAGUGAGCAGGAUGAGGUCUCUCAGAUCCUACUUGACACCUUCAAAUGUGUUCCUACCUUUCUUCCAUCUGACCUAUUUAGCCGAUACUACCAUCGGUUCUGCAAGCAACAGUUAUGGCCGCUGUUCCAUUACAUGUUACCGCUCUCCCCGGACCUAGGCGGCCGUUUUGACCGAUCACUGUGGCAAGCGUAUGUGUCGGUAAAUAAGAUCUUUGCAGAUAGGAUUUUAGAAGUGAUCAACCCGGAAGAUGAUUUCGUCUGGGUCCACGAUUAUCAUCUGAUGGUGUUGCCUACUUUCUUGAGGAAGAGGUUCAAUCGGGUGAAGCUUGGAUUCUUCCUGCACAGUCCGUUUCCCUCUUCCGAGAUCUAUAAGACAUUGCCUGUCAGGGAAGAAUUAUUGAGGUCCUUGUUGAACUCUGAUCUGAUUGGAUUCCAUACAUUUGAUUAUGCCCGGCAUUUCCUGUCUUGUUGUAGUCGGAUGCUUGGGCUCACCUAUGAAUCAAAGAGGGGUUAUAUUGGGCUUGAGUAUUAUGGUCGGACUGUGAGCAUUAAGAUCCUCCCUGUUGGUAUCCACAUGGGUCAGCUCCAGUCAGUAUUGAGUCUUCCAGAAACAGAAGCCAAGGUUGCAGAGCUCAUCAAGCACUUCAUUGAUAGAGGAAGAAUUAUGCUACUUGGUGUGGACGAUAUGGAUAUAUUCAAGGGAAUUACCUUGAAGUUGUUGGCUUUUGAGCAAUUGCUCGUGCAGCACUCAGAGUGGCGGGGGAAGGUGGUAUUAGUGCAGAUAGCAAACCCAGCCAGGGGAAGGGGAAAAGAUGUGAAGGAAGUGCAGGAUGAGACUUACUCAACUGUGAAAAGAAUUAAUGAGACAUUUGGGCAACCUGGAUAUCAACCUGUUAUUCUGAUUGAUAAACCGCUUCAGUUCUUUGAGAGAAUUGCAUAUUAUGUGGUUGCUGAAUGUUGUCUGGUUACAGCUGUGAGGGAUGGGAUGAACCUCAUUCCAUAUGAAUAUAUCAUUAGUCGGCAAGGGAAUGAGAAAUUGGAUAAAGUCUUGGGGCUGGGCUUGUCCUCUCCUAAGAAGAGCAUGUUAGUUGUUUCUGAGUUCAUUGGGUGUUCACCCUCUCUGAGUGGAGCGAUCCGAGUUAACCCAUGGAACAUAGAUGCUGUGGCAGAAGCAAUGGACUGCGCCCUUGAGAUGGCAGAACCAGAAAAACAACUAAGGCAUGAGAAACAUUAUAGGUAUGUUAGUACUCAUGAUGUUGGGUAUUGGGCACAUAGCUUCCUACAGGAUUUGGAGAGAACAUGCAAGGGUCAUGUGAGGCGGAGAUGCUGGGGCAUUGGAUUUGGUUUGGGUUUCAGGGUUGUGGCACUUGACCCAAACUUCAGGAAGCUUUCAAUGGAGCACAUAGUGUCGGCCUAUAAAAGGACCAAAACUAGAGCCAUCCUUUUAGAUUAUGAUGGAACUCUGAUGCCUCAGGGUUCUAUAGAUAAGAGUCCAAACUCUAAAUCUAUUGAGAUCUUAAACAGCUUGUGUAGAGAUGAGAAUAACAUGGUCUUCCUUGUAAGUGCUAGAAGCCGGAAGGAUCUCAGUGAAUGGUUUUCUCCCUGUGAGAAACUGGGGAUUGCUGCAGAGCAUGGCUACUUUCUAAGGUUGAAGCGAGAUGCUGAAUGGGAAACAUGUGUUCCUGUGUCAGAUUGCAGUUGGAAACAGAUAGCUGAGCCUGUGAUGAAGCUGUACACAGAAACAACUGAUGGAUCCACAAUUGAGGACAAGGAGACAGCAUUGGUAUGGUGUUAUGAGGAUGCGGAUACUGAUUUUGGAUCUUGCCAAGCUAAGGAACUUCUUGAUCAUCUUGAGAGUGUCCUUGCUAAUGAGCCAGUUUCGGUCAAGAGUGGGCAGAAUAUUGUAGAGGUUAAGCCACAGGGGGUGAGCAAGGGACUUGUUGCUGAACGCCUACUUUCCACCAUGAAGGAGAAAGGAAUGGUGCCGGAUUUUGUGCUCUGCAUAGGAGAUGACAGAUCUGAUGAAGACAUGUUUGAAGUGAUAACCAGUUCCAUUGCAGGCCAAUCUUUAGCUCCUUAUGCAGAAGUUUUUGCAUGUACUGUUGGUCGAAAACCCAGCAAGGCCAAGUAUUAUCUUGAUGAUACAGUAGAAAUUGUUAGAUUGAUGCAGGGCCUAGCCUCUGUUUCAGAACAAGCAUUCUCCCUGUCAUAAAGAUUAUAGGCUUCAGUACAUAUAAAUGAGGUGAAUUCAUUCAGGCUCCUCCUUUCAUUGUAACUGUAUAGGCAGAGUGGUGUAAUUUUGUACUUUUUUUCUUGAUUUAUCUUCAGAAGAUGUAAAUUAUUCUAUUACCAUGAGAAGGUCCAUGUGGUUACCUUCUAGUGUUUGAUCUUAGCAUAAUACACCUGUAAAUUGAUAAUACAAUUUGUGAUAUAAAUCGUAAGCUUGUAGUUUUCAACUUUUA